AUGAAUAUAAAACCGAAACUAUGCUUUAACGGACUUAAAUGUUUUAAUGUAGACUGUACAUUUGAUCAUCCAGAUGGAUGGAAUCCUUGCAUUGAUGGAAUAAAAUGUGAAAAUUAUGAAUGCAUAGCCAAUCAUCCAUAUAAACGAAAAGGAACAUGUCGAGAUGGUAUGAAUUGUAAAAGUAGUAACUGUAAAUUUUUACAUCCUAAUACACGUGCUACGGAAUGUCCUUUGCGUGCAAAAUGUCAAAAAUGGAAUUGUUCAAAGAUGCAUCCACGCUCUCGAGCUCGUCCUUGUAUCGAUAAAGAAAAUUGUACGAAUCUGACUUGUUUAUGUUUACAUCCACUAGAACGUGCUAAAUUAUUAUGUCCACUUGGAGCUGAUUGUCGUGAUCUUUCCUGUAAACUCAAUCAUCCAUCGGAACGCCCACCAAUAUGUGAUCAAUCAGAUGCAUGUUCAAACUUUAAUUGUACUCGUCUACAUAGAGAAAAUUGGAAUCCAUGUGAAGCAGGAGAUGAUUGUGAAGAUGAACAUUGUUCAAAAAUUCAUUCACCUGAACGUAUUAUCAAUCGUCAAGAGAAAUCAGCAACGACGACUAUGUAUAAUAAAAAUAGAUAUAAAAAACCAAAGAAGAACUUAAAAACGCUUGAACAAAGAUUGAAAGAUUGGGAGAAAGCUAAUUUACCUAUUUUCUCUUGUCGAUCUGAAUUUUGUCAACGUCUUGAACAUGAACAUGUUUUAGUUGUGACUGCUGAAACAGGUAGUGGUAAGAGUACUCAAUUACCUCAAUAUGCUGCUGAACAUUUUGGAUCACUUGUCGUUUGUACUCAACCACGUGUUGUUGCUGCUCUUUCUUUGGCUCGUCGUGUUGCAGAAGAAUAUGAUGGAAAGUCAGUAGGUGAAUCAGUUGGAUACCAGGUGGGUAAUGCAAAUCGAGUAUCAGGAUCCAGUAUUAUGUUUAUGACUGAUGCUGCACUUAUUCGUGAGAGUCAACGUGAUCCCAGUUUGAAACACAUACGUGUUCUUAUUAUUGAUGAAGCGCAUGAACGUUCGUUGAAUACAGAUAUUAUUAUUGGCAUUUCUAAACUUUUACUUGCACAACGUCGCGAUGAUUUUUAUGUGGUUAUAGCUUCAGCUACUAUUGAUCCUGCUCGUUUUCUUCAAUUUUUCGGUCAACCAACAAAUGCACCUCUCGAAGUGAAAGGACGAAUCUUUCCUGUUACCAUGAUUAAUAAGCCACUACCUGUUAAAUGUUCAGAUCAAAAAUUAAUUGAAUCACAUAUUGUUUCUUCGGUUAUUGAAUCUUAUCCGAAACAUGAAGGGCAUACGCUUGUUUUUCUUCCUGGUCAAGGUGAAAUUGAAAAAGCACUUAAAAUAUUUAAAUCAAAACUUCCUGAUGAUUGUAUUGCUCUUCCACUUUAUGGAUCACAAUCACCAGAAGAACAAGAAAAAGUUAUUAAUUUUAAUGAAAAAGGAAAACGAAUGGUCGUUUUUUGUACAAAUGUUGCUGAAACAUCAUUAACCAUUCCAAAUGUUCGAUUAGUUAUUGAUUCAGGUUGGGCAAAAGAAGCACGUUAUGAUGUUCAACGUCGUCUUACUGUCAUCGAAACUGUUCGUAUUUCACGUUCAUCAGCUGAUCAACGUAAAGGUCGAGCUGGACGAACUGCAUCUGGUCAUUGCAUACGUUUAUUUGAAGAUAUUGAAUUAAAACGACCAAAUAUUGAACCAGAAAUUUUACGAUCAUCACUUGAUCUUGUUUUACUUCAACUCAUUCGACUUAAUCUCGAUCCAAAAACAUUUCCAUUUAUGGAUCAACCAAAAAGUCAUGUUAUUAAUAAUUCUAUUGAUCUUCUUACUAGACUUAAAUGUAUGGAUAAUCAAAAGAUUACAAAAAGAGGUGAAUUAUUUACUGAACUUGGACUUGAUCCACGUCUCAGUGCUUUUAUAGUUGAAAUUUACACAGAAUAUGGAAGUUUAUUAGAAUAUGUAGCAGCUAUUGUUGCUAUACUUUCAGCACCGGGCACUGUUUUCUUCAUGGGUGGAGCGAAACAGGAAGCAAAAAACCGUAUUGCUCUUGAUGCACACAAACAUAAAAGCGACCUAAUUCAUCUUUAUUCAGUGUACAAUGCAUGGAAGAAUGCUGGUACAAAAGAAACUCAAAGUAAAUGUUCAGAAUGUAAGAAACAAAUAAAAUGGUGUAUAUGUCGAGUUAAAUACAGUAAUGAUAAUGGUUUAAAUAAUAAAAUCUUACAAAAUAUUGAUGCUUCAUGUACAUCAAUUACAAAACAAAUUAAAGAUGCUCGUUGGUUAAAAUCUGGUAAUGAAAUGCCAGAAAAUUUAAUAGAUAUUAUUGGUAUACGACUUGCUCAACUCUUUCCUGAACAAUGUGGUUAUUUAUUAGUUCCACAAUUACCAGUUGAAGGUGUACGUCUAAUAUCAACUGAUAUUCGUGCAAAUAUUACUAAUACUAGUGUAUUUAUGCAAAAACUUCAUACUGAUUCAAAUAAUGAACUUUAUCAACAUUUUGUUGCUAUGACAAUCACUCAAUUAUCAUCAGGAAAUUAUAUUAUUGAAAGACUUCAUCCAAUACCUAAAAUGUUAGCAACAGUUCAAUCAUCAAUGCAAAAUUUGAUGACUAUUGAAAAUAUUAGUUCUGAUUUAUUUCAUCAUAUGCGACAAAAAUUAAAUGUUUAUCAAAAAGAAUUAUGGGCAAAAUGGCUUGUUUAUCAAUAUGAUAGACCUCAUUGUCGUUUUAUUCUUUGGGGUCUUAAUAUUGAUAAAUCAACUAUUAUUCCUAUUGUACAACGUAUUCAAAAUGAAACAAUGAAAAAAUUUUUAGAUACAUAUGAACUAAUUGAGUGUGGACCAAUUAAAGCAAAUUUUCAAAGUGGUCUUAUAUGUACACAUAUUAAUAAAAUGACAAAUACAUUACGGAUUGAUCUUCAAAAUAUACCAAAUCAAUCAGUUAAUGAAUUAAAAAACUGGUUAAAAAAGAUUAUUAAUAUAGAAUGGGAUGAGAUUAAAGAACAUGGUUUUUAUAUGAAAAAAGAUGAAAUAAAUAAAAAUGAUCAAAAUAAAUAUUUGUAUCUUAUUUUUAAAAAUGAAGAUGCAUUUCAACGAGCUUUAAAUAAAGUUCCUCCUUAUUAUAUUAAUGAACAAGGUAAUAAUUUUGGAAUUCAUCGAGAUAAUGAAAAAGAAAGAUGGGGUCGAGAACUUGUUAUUCAAACUCCUGGUAAUAUUACUGUUCAAGAUAUUAUCAAUCGAUAUGGUACAGAUGUAAUAGUCAAAUGUAUACAAUUAAACAAACAAAAUGAAAAAUCACGUAUAGAAUCAUCACUCAAAUUAAAUAAUUUACCAUUAACAAGUGAUGAGAAUUUCUUACGAGAAUGUCUUCAAAUGAAUAAAGGACCUAUUCCAAAACAUAUCUAUGUUGGACGUGCAAAGAAUGAUGCAACUGGAUGGGCAAAAAUAACAUUUAAUAAUGAAGAACAACGUAAUCAAGCUGCAGCUAUUUAUAAUAUACAAUUAUGUCAAAAUUCAUUUCCAAUUACUAUUUCAGGAAAAAAAGGUCCAACACAAAAAUUCAUACAAACUACAGUUAUAAAAGAUGAUGAUGCUAAUACUACUCAAUUACAUUCACUUCCUAAAAAUCUUUUUCGUAUUACAGUUAUUAGUCGUGAAGAUACUUUACAAAUAUUCUCUUCGCAAACAAAAUCUCCAAUAGCAACCUCUAUGGAUUCAUCAACAUGGACAAUCGAUAGUUCAGCAACAGUAACUAUUCUUCAAACUGAUUUAUAUCCUGAUUUUCAAGAAAUUGUUGAUCGUAUAUGUGAAAAAUUUAAUGUACAAGUUACAUCGAAAAAUAUAUCAAAUCAUGGUAAACGAUAUAUAUUUAAUCAUGGAAGUCCUCAAAAAACAAGUUUAGCUGCUUCAAUGCUUGCACAAAAUUUUGCUCCAAUGAAUAUUAAAUUAAAUACAGAUCGACAAAAACAAUUAUUUAAUGAACUUGAAGAAAUUGGUCAAAUUCAAAAAUGGGCAUAUGAAUUAAUAUUAGCUAUUAGUAAAAAUAAAUGGAAUACAAAUAUUGAAAUUCGUGGUCCACAAAUAGCACAAGGACAAUUAAUGCGACGAAUAGCUGAUUAUUCAGAUAAUUUUAAUAAACGUUUUCGUGAACAUGAACUUAGUUCAACAAUAGCUGCAUUUUUUGGUAGACAAAAAGCUGCUUCAAUUAAAUUACAACAAAUUACUUCAAAAUGGUCAUCAAAAUCUUGUUUAGUAUCUUUUAUUCCAAAAACAUCAACUAUUAUUAUUACGGGUAAACCAAAAGUUUCAUUAACUGAUAUAAAUGAUUGUGAAAAUGAAGUUAUUCAACUUUUAAAUGAAAUAACUGCUACAACAUAUGAUAAAGAAAGUGAAGAAGAAGAAGAAGAAGAAGAUGACGAUGAUGUAGAAGAAAACGAUAUAGAAACUAUUGAAACAAUACGACAAGAUCGUCGAUGUGUUUUUUGUAAACAAAAAUCAUCAAUUUCAACAAGUUUUUUUCGUAUAUGUGGUCAUGCUUAUUGUCGAUGUGCUGCACAAAUUCUUAGUACAUCGAAUAAAUUUCCUCUUCAAUGUAAAGAAUGUAAUUCAAAUAUUCAUAUUCGUGAUAUACAAAUUAUUUUUAAUAAUGAUGAACAAUUAUUAAUGCAUUUACUUAAAAAUUCUAUUCAAAAUUAUUUAACAAUAAAUGCACAACAAGAUGAUCGUGUCUUUUGUCCUAAUAAUGAAUGUGAUGGAUUAAUUAAACUCAAUCGUGCCUAUCAAACUUGUUUAACAUGUGGUCAAAAUGUAUGUCCUAAAUGUCAAGUAAUUAAUGAUGAACUUCAUAUAGGUCGAACAUGUCAUCAACUUAUUGAAGAAAAGAAACGUCGUCAAGAAUUUUUACCACAAUUAUUUAUAACAGCAAAAAAAUUUGUUGAAGAUAAUUGGCCAUUAGAUGUUGCAAUGCAACCAAUAGGUCGAAUUGAUGAAAAUCCUUAUCUUGUAAAACAAUAUAAAUCAUUAACACGAUUUUAUACAGGUAUUAAAACAUUAGGUCAUCCUUUUCCACCAGAUUUAGCAAAAGGUUUUUUUGCUUAUCAUGGUUGUCCAUUUCAAGCUAUUCAAUCAAUCUGUCAAACUGGUUUUGAUCCAAAACGUCGUUCAGGUCAAGCGUAUGGUCGCGGUGAAUACUUUGGAGUGACAGCAAGUAUUUCACAUGGUUAUUCUCA